AUGCCUACUAUUCAGGUUGUAGAGAACUUGCUUAUGGGCAAUGACUGCGCAGUUUUCUGGGCGACGGGACAAGGCAAAAGUUUGUGCUACCAGUUGCCAUCAAUGUUCACCAACCGACCUUCCGUCAUUGUAUCUCCACUUAUAUCUCUGAUGGAGGAUCAGUGUGCGAAGCUCAACUCCACAGUUUUGGCUGCUAAUGGUCCCAUUGCGACAUUUUUGGGUAGCGGGCAGAGAGAUCCCACUGAGGAAGGCGCGGCACUCAAUGGCGAACGACUGUUCAUUUACGUCACCCCCGAACGAAUGUGCCGGAGUGAUUUCCUGGAGAGUUUAGCACGGUUACACAGUAGGAAGCCAUUGGCAUUGAUUGCUAUCGAUGAGGCCCAUUGUGUGUCAUCUUGGGGACAUGACUUCAGGAACUAUUAG